GCAGGGGCAUUUAGUUAUUCGGGCAGGGGCUGGGCAUUUGGCUAGCCGUCGCUGUCACUAUUGCCAAGUCGGGCUCUCUUGCUGUCGCCGUCUCUGUUUUGUUCAGUGGCUGGCAGCUGGUCUUCUUCAUGCUCCAACUGUCCCAAUAAUUUUGGCGGCCCGGAACCCCUGUCCAACAUAGACCCCUGCCUGAAUAGCCAAACGCCCCUGCCUGCAGAGACAAUCUCUUCUAGAGAUCUUAUCCAUCCUCACCAUGACGAUGUCUCCCGUACUAUUUCAGAUCCUAUCGGACUUGCACCUUGAGACGCAUCCAUCUUAUCACUUUCCCAUCAAACAGGCGGCUCCAUAUCUGGCCCUGCUUGGCGACAUCGGCCAUGUUGCUGACGAUGGCCUGUUCGAUUUCUUGGAAACACAACUUCGCCGAUACUGGACUGUCUUCUUCCUGCUUGGGAACCAUGAGCCCAUCCAUACAAGCUGGACAGCGGCGAAGAGCAGGGUUCGCGGCUUUUCCGAGAGGAUGGAACGGCUAAGGAGUCAGUCGACGAUGGGGCGGUUCGUCUUUCUCGACCAUACGCGAUACGAUGUCAAUGACACUAUCACCAUUUUGGGCUGCACGCUGUUUUCGAGAGUCUCUCCUGAACAAGCUAUGGCGGUGGGAAGUCGCUUCGUUGAUUUCAGGCAGAUCAAUAACUGGAUGGUCCAGGAUCACGUCGAUGCUCAUUUGUCCGAUCUAAAGUGGCUGAAUGCGCAGGUGUCCGAGAUAUCCAGGACAGAUCCUCAGAGACAGAUUGUCAUCUUCACCCACUAUAGCCCGACCUGUGAUCCGAGAGCCAUGGACGAAAGGCAUAGUAACAGUCCCGUCACGUCAGGGUUUGCCACCGAUCUGAGUGCGGAAGAAUGCUGGAUGAACCGCUCCGUUGCUCUCUGGGCAUUCGGCCACACGCACUUCAGCUGCGAUUUUGUUGACGAUCUGGGAAAGAACAUCAUUGCGAACCAGAAAGGCUAUCGUCAGACCUACGAGAAAGACUUUGACAUGACGAAGAUCUUUCUGGUCGGCAGAGAUGCGAAGCCUGGACACCUAUUGCUAGGUGACAGAUAGCCAUAUGGGUCUAUUCUAGUGAUGAAAGUUACUUGUCCUGUUGGGUCCUCUCAAUGAUGGUCAAGCGCCAGUGUCUCGGCUCAACCAGGAGACAUCCCCUUGGAUUUUCCUCCUCAACAGAGGUCGAUGAUUCACGGCUUCACUAUCACUGAAGCUAUAAACAGAAUUUGAAGCCCACCGGCCUGUCGCUGGUAGAAUUAAUCGUCUAUCUCCACAGUGUUCGUUCAAGGUAGUUGAAUAGUCAAGGCCAGCCCAUAAUGCCCAUUAGUCCGAG